CACUGUGAAUUUAGCUUCAUAAUUAAUAAAUUCUAGUAAAAAAAAGAUUAUGUUUGUAUGUAGUGCUGCAUUGUUUAAUAAAGCGAAGCUGCAUUGACUUCACAGUACACUAAGAAUAUCUGUCACAUUUAUUUACUCUUUGUGCAUUGUACUUUGAGUUGCUCGUUUGGCUGUAUUUGCAUUUCGUAGCGUAUUAUUUUGUAUUUGGUCCAACAAGCAACACUUCUAUUGCAUGUGAGGUGUAAUCAAAAAGUGCGACCAUCUCAAAAGAUUUGAAUCCGCAAGCAGUGACAGCAGCUGUAGCAAUAAAAAUAACAGAACAACAAUAAAAAUAUCAGAUAACAAGUCAGCUACUGAUUCCUCAAUGAUCGUCUUUAAGCUUCUCUAUGUGCUGGCUCAGCUGUGUGGCCUGGCGAUGAUUGUGUUAGUUGGCAUCUGGAUUUUCGAGCACUAUGGUGGACUGGACUUUUCAUCGAAUCCGAAGAUCGAGUUUAACUGGCAUCCGUUCUUUAUGACUAUUGGAUUUAUCUACUUGUAUGGGAAUUCUAUUCUUAUCUAUCGCGCCUUUUACACCCUGCGCAAGAAGACGCUGAAACUCAUCCACGCUUUCAUACAUAUGUCUGCCUUCAUCCUUACUGUGAUUGCCCUGAAGACCGUAUUUGAUUCUCAUGAUUUCGCCAAUCCUCCGAUUCCCAAUAUGUAUUCACUGCACUCGUGGUUGGGUCUCUCGGCUGUGAUCAUUUUUGGCAUGCAGUUCGUUAUUGGUUUCGUCGCCUUUCUGUGGCCGGGAAUGAAGAUGAAUUUCAAGAUUGCUCUGAUGCCGCUGCACAUCUAUUUCGGACUCUUUGGCUUUGUGUUGGCCAUUGCCACCGCUUUAAUGGGACUCACGGAGAAGGCCAUCUUCUCCCUGGGAUCCAAGUAUUCCACGUUGCCCACAGCUGGAGUACUGGCCAACGUUAUUGGUGUGCUCUAUGUAAUCUUUGGCGCCCUCGUUGUUUACCUGGCCACAGAGCCAGCCUAUAAGCGGAAACCUCUGCCCGAGGACUCGGCUCCUAUCAGUGAAUAGCAUUG